CCUGCCACUGCGAUCCGGUGGGAUCCGUCCGGGAUGACUGCGAACAGAUGACCGGCUUGUGUUCCUGCAAAAACGGGAUUACCGGCACAAAAUGCAAGCAAUGUCCCAGCGGCAGCAAGCUGGGAAUGUCCGGUUGUGAGAAAGAUCUCUCGGCCGCCUCGUCCUGUGCUGAAAUGACUUGUGAAUUUGGGGCGUCGUGCGUGGAAGUGAACGGCCAUCCCCAGUGUGAGUGUCCGUCAUUGCUGUGCACGGAAGCUGACACCUCCAAGAAUCCCAUGCCAGCCAUCCUACCCCACCUACAACCCAACGGCCUUUGGACUCUGUUCCUCCUCUGGCACCCCAAAUCACGACUUUACCUCCCGAGCUAACCAGGACAUCCUCCUCUCCCUGGCAUUCAGAAGAUUACAUUUCCCACCAGAGCCAGCCAGUCACCCGAAGGAUAACCAAGCCUGCUAUCCUCUCCACUCUUCCCUGGACGACUCAAGGCAUCCGCCAGACCACUGCUAGACCCCUCCUGACAGCCCCCAUGGUCCCUGCCACCACUCAGAUGGCUUACGUUGAAUCGGGCAGCGCGGAAGGCAGCGGAGAUCCAGAAUUUGGCACCAGCGGAGAUCAGGAAGGCAGCGGGACCAGCUCUGCAGGGGAGGAAGAAAUUGAAGACCCAAAGGUGCCCAGCCCCCACCUGAUUGAGAGAGCUACCUGUUACAACAGCCCUCUGGGAUGCUGCUCGGAUGGCAAGACCCCGGCCGCUGACGCCGAAGGAAGUAAUUGCCCAGCCACCAAAGUCUUCCAGGGGGUCCUGAUUUUGGAAGAGGUGGAAGGCCAAGAACUGUUUUACACCCCGGAAAUGGCCGAUCCAAAAUCCGAGCUGUUUGGGGAGACGGCCCGGAGCAUUGAAAGUGUGCAGCGACUUCGUACACGGCUGCCGACAUCCAGCGGGCGCUUUUGAAGCAGAUCAAAAGCUCAAAGAAGAAAACUAUCUUGGUGAAGAGACCUCAGCAAGAGAAUAUCAAGUUCAUGGACUUUGCCAUCCGAUACUUCAUCCCCAGCUUCGGGGGGAAGUCCUACCUGGCGUUCAAAAUGAUGAAGGCCUACCACACCGUGCGCAUUGCCAUGGAAUUCCGGACCUCCGAGCUGAGUGGGCUGCUCCUCUACAACGGACAGAACCGCGGGAAGGACUUCAUCUCCCUGGCGCUGGUGAACGGAUUCGUGGAGCUCAGGUUCAACACGGGCUCGGGGACAGGCGUGAUCACCAGCAAGGUCCCUGUUGAGCCCGGCCAUUGGCAUGCGCUGGUGGUCAACCGCAACCGGAGAAACGGCGUGCUGUCGGUAGACGGGGAGCCCCACGUGCACGGCGAGAGCCCAAGUGGAACUGAUGGGCUGAACCUCGACACCGAUCUCUUUGUCGGAGGGGCCCCGGAAGACCAAAUCGCUGUGGUGGCCGAGCGCACGUCCGUCACCGCUGGCCUGAAGGGCUGCAUCCGCCUGCUGGACGUCAACAACCAGAUGUACGACCUGCGGGAGAAAGGCGACGACGUGCUGUAUGGCAGCGGGGUGGGGGAGUGUGGCAACAACCCUUGCCAGCCCAACCCCUGCCACCACGGCGGGCUCUGCCGCACUCUGGAGGCCGAGAUGUUUCACUGCGAGUGUCUCAACGGUUACACAGGACCCACCUGUGCCGACGAAAGAAAUCCCUGCGACCCCAACCCCUGCCACCUCUCUGCCACCUGCUUGGUGUUGCCAGAAGGCGGAUCGAAAUGCGAAUGCCCCAUGGGCCGCGGAGGCGAAUUCUGCGAAUCAGUUGCAGAAAUGGAUCAGACCGUGCCUUUCCUGCCGGAAUUCAACGGAUUCUCAUACCUGGAGCUGAACGGUCUCCAAACAUUUGUGCCAGAUCUGCA